CGCAGAAUAGACCAUUAGCUAUUCUCACUUUGAGUCUCAAAGUUUGAAAUGAUUGACUGUGUUUACAUGGUAAGAUAACAUCGAGAGUAAGGUGUUAUUUAAUAAUUGAUAUUUUGAAUUUAACUCGUUCUUUAAAGUUGGACAAUGACAAGUUUGCCAGAAGUGACCAAACGCAAGGAUUAUCUGGAAUGGGACGAUUAUUUCAUGGGUACAGCGUAUAUAGCUUCAUUGAGAAGUAAAGAUCCUAAUACACAAGUUGGUGCUUGUAUCGUUAAUAAAGACAAUAGAAUCGUAGGAGUCGGGUACAAUGGAAUGCCAAAUGGCUGUUCCGAUGAUAAGCUGCCUUGGACAAAAAAUGGUCACUCGAAAUUAGAUAAUAAACAUCUUUAUGUGUGCCACGCUGAGAUGAACGCGAUCACCAAUAAAAACUCAGCUGAUGUGAGAGACUGUACUUUGUUUACAACUUUAUUCCCAUGCAAUGAAUGUGCAAAGUUAAUUAUUCAAUUUGGUAUCAAGGAGGUAGUUUAUUUUCAACCGAAAAAUACUGAUAAGCCAGAGUACAAAGCUUCCAAGAAAAUGCUGGAUAUGGCCAACAUUCAUCUUCGUGAAUUUGUUCCAAAAAGAGCAAAAAUUAUCAUCGAUUUUGAAAAGAAUUCAGAAGCAUAAUGACCUUCGUUAUAUAAUUUACACCUGAUAAAAAUAACGACACUUUCAAAAGAGGAUCAACAUUUGGGAUGUGAUGGUGGUAACUUUAAAUAAAUUUUGAGCAAUCAUUCCUUUAUAUGCAAAAUAAAUAGAUUUUGAAAAAAUUA